UCCAACUUUCCACUCGCAUUACUUGGCCCUAGCAACACUUUUUGCUGUUGAGCGCCUCACAACGGGCCACGUCGCUCUAGAGGUUUCACUGUUGCGCUCAUCGUCAACCGUUCCCUUGCGCACGGUCGUCUAACUUGCUGCUUCAUUGACGCCAUUCAGAACCCUGCUUAUCGCGCCAUCAAAAACCUCUUGCAUCAUGGAGGAAGACGACCUGUUCUACCUGGCACCAGGAUUCGACCCGGCAACGCUGACGGUCCCGCGCCUGCGCAACGUCCUUCUCACGCACAACAUCGAAUAUCCGUCGAAUGCGAAGAAGCCGCAGCUGCUGCAACUUUUCAAUGACGAGCUUGUCCCACAGGCCAAGAAGUUGCUGGCGGCGUCGAAGCGGGUAAAACGUUCGGCAAGAGGCAUUGAGGAUGUUCCAUCAAGCCAGACCAGCACGGUAGAUGAGGACGAGCUUCCACAGCCUGAGCCUGCUCCUACGCCUGCGCGACGGGGUGGACGGCGAAAGACGAAGCCCGUGGAGGAGGAUCUCUCGUCAGAGGCUACCUUGAUUGCGCCUGAGUCUACAGCGAGGCCACGGAGAACGACCACAAGAGCCACGCGGUCGAUGGAACCUGAACAUCUCGACCCUGAACCUGCGACAGCUCCAGUCCCAGCGCCGAAAAGACGAGGGCGGCCGAGCAUGAAGACGCCGAAGCAGGAAAGUCCCGAUCCCGAAGCAUGGCACAAACCUGCAGAGGACAGUCCUUUCACUAUGGACAAUCCGUUCCAGAGCGGGGGAAGUUCGCCGCCACCGCAAGCGCACGGCGCAGACCGGAGAAGACGCACAAUCGAGCCUUCGGUCGGCACAGAGAAACGGAAGAGUACAUCCUCACGACGGAAGACUGAUGGUGUCGUGGCUUCUAAGUCAGAGGCUUCCGCAAAGGGCUCGGCGUACGAGAUUCCUGUGGCGACUAUGAAGCGAAAGAAAUCGCCUUCCGCUGAUUCCGAGCUCGUCCCUGCCGGGGAAGAAUUUGCUCCUGAUGAGGCUCUAGAGUUGGCUCAGCAAGAAGCCUCUGGUCAACUCGUGCGGCCGCCCCGCAGAAGAGAAGGUGGUUCCGGCUCGUUCAUUCUUCAGGGUCUCCUAUGGCCUCUUGUGAUUAGUGCUGGAUUCUUGGGCACUCUUUGGGUCCAGGAGAAAUACAGCGUAGGCUACUGUGGUGUCGGAAACGAGCCAAGGAUGGAAAUAGCCGGCAAGGAAAUCCCAGAAUGGGCAGACUCGCUACGACCCCAGUGCGAGCCAUGUCCCCAGCAUGCGUUCUGCUACCAGAAUCUAGAAACCAAGUGCGAAGAUGGCUUCGUGCUUCAGCACCACCCUCUUACGCUUGGUGGAAACCUACCGAUCCCACUACCUCCUUCGUGUGAACCGGACACAGAGAAGACUCGCAAAGUUCAACACGUUGUGCAGAGAGCUGUCGACGUGCUACGGGAUCGAAACGCUGCGUACGAAUGCGGAGAGCCUCUUGCGGGAGAAACCACACCGCUGAAGUCGGCCGCUAUCUCUGAGGAGGAGUUGAAGGCUACUCUAUCCGCCAAACGCACCAAGAAGAUGUCUCAGGAAGAAUUCGACGCGCUGUUCGCAGAAGCAAUCCCCGAGAUCAUGAAUCGCGACGAGGUCGUCACUGUCGAGAACACAGGGGUCGGCGCUAAUAGCUUCGUCUUCUCUACAGCGGAACCAGAUAUCUUCGAAGUACUUCUCGGGCCAAGCAGUCGCUCGUCUGUGCACUCCGAACGUCCAUCCGUCUCCUCCUCAUCGACCUCGGGGCUGGACUCCGACGAAAGCUGGCUGAGUAUUUUUGGUCCCUUGCAUUGAUCUUCAUGGUUGCGGGCACGUCAUUCUACGGCAAACGCAGACUCGAGUGGCGACGAACUGAGGAAGAGUGGGCCAAGGAUCUUGCGAGGCAAGCCUUUGACAGGUUGAGCACGCAUGCGACGUUGCACGCCGAAGACCCGGAAACAUAUCCCGAGCCUUUCUUGUUGGUCAGUCAUUUGCGAGAUCAGAUUCUCAACGAGGACAUUGGAAAGAAAUGGGUGCAGGACCUUUGGGCCAAGACGAUGGCCAAAGUCAAGAAGAACUCGAACGUGAGGGAGCUGAAUCAGGAGAUGAGGAAAGGAGACUACGGUCUGACGUGGGAGUGGAUCGGGCCGCUAGCUGCUCUACCGGACACCGCAGCGAGCAGGCGCAUCUCAGGAUACCCCGGUGGAGGCAGAAGAAGCACAGGAAGACACAGCAUGUUACCGCCUGCAAGUAGCCCGCUAUCAGGGUUGAGCACGAUGCCAGCGGAUGACGAAGGCCGGGCACCAGAGAUGUCCGAGCGCAAAUGGGAGGAAAGUCGACCGAUAUAUUAAGGGCCGGGUCGAACCGUCCUACUUGUUUUGUUUGUUUUAUAUAUAUCUUUUCUUCUCCCAUUUUUGUUUUGGUAUACUGCGGAUGUUGGAUUCACGUCAUUGAUACCAUGUUGGACUGGCACCUCUGCCAGCUUGAUGAGCAAACUGGCUAAUGAACAUGAGUUUUUUGACUCGCGCUACUUUUGCACUCUUUUUUUCUUCUUUUGGGGGGGAUUCAUUCCACGUUAGCCUCAUGUACUACCCCACUAGAUGCCUCGUUUUGCUAAAAUACAUAGAAAUACACA